AUGGUUGAGGGUGAAUCAAGCAAUGCAAGGGAAAGAAGGCUUAAGAUGCAAGCCGAUUUGGAGAGGAUGAUCAGAGGAUGGAAGAAUCUGAUGCAGAGGGAUAUGUGUACUCUGAGGAAGUCUGAGAGUGAGAGAUUGAGGGAGGAGAGGAGAACCAAGAAGAGGAAUGACCCCAUUAGUAGUGAGAGUGAGCAAGGGGAGUUUGAGAUUGGAGUGAACCUUGUUCAAGAGGAGGGAAAUGGCUCUCCAAGUGAAGAAGGAAGUGAUGAGACUGAGAGUGAAGAGGAAGGAGAAGAGGUGAACAAUUGGUUGAUGAAAUGA